CGACGGUCAGUGUUCGCACGUUCGCCAGCAGCGUUUAGUAUUUUUUCGAAUCAGUCAGUAUUUAGUUGUUGUCGAGAGCGCUAUUGGUUGUGUGUAGCGGGAGCCCCGACAGUCGCGUUUUAAUCGACAGAGCAGUGAAGAAAAAAGUGCAGAGAAGUGUCUCACAUACGAGAGUAAUAAGGCAGCAAGCAGCAGUAGCCAGCAGCAGCAGCAUCAUCACCCAGCAUCAGCAAUCGAAUCAACAUUUCAGAUUCCAGUGGAUAACGCCAAUCAGGCAGACAGUGGUUCCGACAACCUCGUUUGCCCUUCUGACGAUCAGCUGCAAGGUGAAAUAUACAUCCACUGGCACAGCAGUGCAAGUGUGUGUGUGUGUCUGUACUCACUCUCGUGUGUGCGUGAGUGUGUAGUGUCAUAGUGCGUACGAGCCACAAAAGGACACAUCAUCCAGACCUAAGUUCCCCUCCAAGUGCCCAGGACUCUCAACCUUAUCAAGUGCUCGAACCGGGAAGAUCGAUCGUCACACGAUCGCUUGUACCCCUGUCGCGUGUGCGUGUGCAGAGCGAACCCCGGACCGGGAACAGUGAACAGUGUGCGCGUGAACGAAAGAAACGUCCUACAGUUGCGUUGUGCACCAGUCCAUAAGUAGUAGUAGUGGAGUGCUGGUGGAUCGUCGCCUGCUCCCGUUUGGCCGCUUGGUUUUAGUUGUUGUCCGUUGCGUGCCGCUACGGAUAUCCGCCGCGAGAAGUGCAAGUGCAACGACGUGUUACCCGACGCAGCAGUUGAGCAAAAGCACGAGCAGGCCUGGAGUAGAAAGAAGGCGAGGAAGCAACCGUUUUAGAAUCCGCGUGUGUGAAACAAAAAGAAAAGAGCGCCGCAUUUCAGUCCAGUUCGGCGUCCAGUUCAGCAGCUCCACACACUUAUCUGCCGUAGUACUUGCGGAAGCUGUACUGUGUGCGUGUGCGCGCCCUCUUGCUGUGUGUACCGAACCGUGUGCCCGGCGAGCAGAAGUAGUAGUAGCAGUGGUCGUUGCGUGGUGCGUACGUGUGUGCCAUACGCAGUAGUAGACGGCUAACUGCCCCGUCUCAACGCGUCCCAUUCUUUUUCCCGUGUGGCGGAUCAGCGGAAAAUUGGUUUUCAUGAUAUCUGCUUGGAUAAAUCCCUAUAAUGAGAAGUGCGGAACUUUAAAAGUUCCCGACUCUUACUCCCAACGGAUCAUGGACAGCUAUCAUGUACAGGCGCAUCAGCAGACCAGUUACGGCAGCAACUGCUCUAAUGCCUCCAGCCGCCAUGGUGCCGCCGGAGGUGCCGGAGCGACGACGACGACGACGAUCUACACCAAUCCACAUGCCUACCCGGUGGCCACGUUCAACUACACGACGAUGAGCUACGCCCAUUCGGAGGGUGGUUCGGUUUCGCCACCGCCCUCGCCCCGUUCGAACAGCUCCAUCUCGUCGGCGUACUCGUCCUCGUCGUCGACGACCGCAUCGCUGGCCGCCUCGUCCGGUUCGUCCUCAUCGUCCGCUUCGUCGACCUCGUCCUCAUCGUCCUGUAUCUCAUCGGCCGGUUCCGAGACCGGUGCCUCGUACGAGCAUCUGGACAUUUCGGCCCAACGGUUGGCGGUGCUGUCCUUCGAGCAGGUGAUGAAGCUGAACGACGUAAUGAACGAGCCGGUAUCGAUACACGGCCGCGGUAACUUCCCUACGCUCGAGGUGAAGCUGAAGGAUCUGGUGAACAUUGUGCGCGAGAAGCUGGAGGCGGAGGUGGUCGCCGGUGGUGCUGGAAUGACGGUAAAGGACAUUCGUCUGAACGGCGGUGCAGCUAGUCAUGUGUUGGCGUCCGAGCCGCAGCCAUACAACGAUCUCGAUCUGAUUUUCGCCGUCGACUUCAGCACCAGCCGGAGUUACGAUCGCGUCAAGUCGGCCGUACUGUCCUCGCUGCUCGACCUGAUGCCGGAGGGUGUGGUGAAGCGCAAGAUCACGCAGUGCUCGCUGAAGGAGGCGUAUGUCGGCAAGAUGGUGAAGGUGAACAGUGACGGCGAUCGCUGGAGCCUUAUCUCGCUCGGCAACUCGCCCGGCCACAAGAACGUGGAGCUGAAGUUUGUCGACACGAUGCGCCGACAGUUUGAGUUUAGCGUGGACUCGUUCCAGAUCGUGCUCGAUUCGCUGCUGCUGUUCUACGACUGUGCCGAGAUGCCGAUGAUUACCGAAAACUUCUAUCCGACCGUGGUGGGCGAGUCGGUGUAUGGCGACUUCCAGGAGGCACUGUACCAUCUGCAGAAGAAGCUGAUCUCUACGCGCCAACCGGAGGAGAUCCGUGGGGGCGGUCUGCUCAAAUACUGUAACCUGCUGGUGCGGAACUACGUGCCGGUCGAUCCGCAGCGCAUCAAGACGCUCGAGCGGUACAUGUGCUCGCGCUUCUUCAUCGACUUUCCCGACAUCGGGCAGCAGCGCAGCAAGCUGGAGUCGUACUUGAAGAACCACUUCUUCGACGAGGGCGAGGAGCACCUGCAGCACCAGUACCUGAUGCAUUUAUUCGAAGUCGUCGAACAGUCGACCGUGUGCCUGAUGGGGCACGAGCGCCGCCAGACGCUCAUGCUGAUCGAGUCCCUUGCCAUGGAGAUCUUCUACCGCGAUCACCAGCAGCACCAGCACCAGCAGCAUCAGCACCACCAGCAGCAGCAGCAUACGGCCGGUCUGAUCAGCACGGCCACCAAUGUCCAGUCGUCGGCCACUCACACUCAGCAGCAGCAGCAGCAACAGCAGCAGCACGCUACCACGCUUCAGCUCCAGACGCAAAUGUCCCAUCUGUCGCUGUCGCCCCAACAGCUCUCCCCGCAAUCGCCCACACUGAUGGCGGCCCAUUCGCCGAACCACCAUCAGCACCAGGCGCAAUCGCAACAGCAGCAGCAGCAGUCGCAAGCAUCUCCACAGUGUCCGACCACGGCACAGCAAGUACAAUCGCAGCAGCAGUCGCAGCCGGCGGCGCAACAGCAGUCGACCGCCCAGAUCACCCAGACGCAGGCGAUCGCACUCGCCCCGCAGCCGGGACUGCUGUACGCGAACGGAAUCUACUACGCACCGCUCAUUCCCUACACCCAGUGCACGUGCAACAGCUGGAUAACGACGUGAUUGGUCAGUUCGCUGCCGGCGGUGGCAGGCCCCAGUAGCAGCAUCAUCAGCAUUGCCGGCACCACCGACCUUUCGCCGGAGCUGGCCGCCGAAACAUCACCAUCCCCGCCCUCCUCCCAGCCCGCCCAUCCACCACCACCACCACCGUCACAGUCUCCACCAUCGAUACUGGUUCCCUGCUCAGCGAGUGUGUCCGCCCCGCAGGACUGUCCGUUCGCCUGUACCUCCCUCUAUCCGUCGCAGCCAUGCCUGUUGACGAGUGAGGUGGGAACGUCCCAGCAACCGAUCAUCCCAACCAACCCGACCGUAACGAUUUCGCCGGUCGAAUUGCAGCAGCCACCGCAGACGGCGACGACCACGACGACGACGACUCUGUCACCAGCCUCACCUACACCGUCAUACGUGUACGCGGUUCCUGGCGAACACUGCUACUACUACUACCCGUGUCAACCAGGGCUGCUGCUGGAAGAUGGUGGCGUCGAGCGAUGAUCAUUCACUAGCGUAAGUUGCUGAGUCCUACGUGGCUGUGACAAACAAAAAGCAAAAGAUGAAGGAAGCAUAAGCAUGCUAAAGCCACACACCCAUACAAUGCGUACAGGUAGCACGCGGGAAGCAGAAGAAUCUUCCCUGGAAGAGUGUGUGUGUGUGUGUGUGUGUGUGUUUUUUUUCUCCACACGGUGCGGUCGCGCUCGCAAAUAACGACUCAAUGCGUGCUUGCAGUGCUGCAAGCUGCGUCUUGAACGUCAUCCGUUCGUACGGUACCACCACCGUCUAGCGUCUAGUGUACCGCCACUCGGUAAGAACCAACACAGAACUACGGUUCAAACAUUUUAACCACACUAACGGAAGACGAAAGGCAAACAAACAAAACAAAAAAAAGGAUGUAAAAUUAAGUGGAAAGAAGAACGUGCCCCAAGUGAAAACCGAAAGCCACAACUAGAAAAAAGUGAAAAGAAAAAAGAGAGAGAGAGAAGGCAACACUUUAAAAAAAAGAGAAGAGAAGAAAACUUGUAGUACAAGAAGCAACACAGCGUACCAGGCAUGGAAAUUGAAAUAUCUGUAUGUUUAAAAAACAGUGAAAAUAUAAAUUUGAAGUAUUUUACCCGAAAAAAACACAGAACAAAACAAAAAAUCAGGCAAGCGCAACAAUGCAACCUAAGUAUGAACGAAAUGCGAAACACGCAAACAUUCUCGCAACACAUUUCUCGACCCGAAGCAAAGAGGUUCUUGCUUAAAUUUUGUUAUUUUGUUAUCCAAACACUUCAAAACUCUUCAAACCUGUUCCAGUGUCCAGUGUGUGUGUGUGUCAAUCACCCGACACUCGGAUGGGUGUGAGCUGGGUGAGGAUCCAGCUCACGAUCAGUCUGUUUGCGCAUGAGCAAACAUGUAAGCAUCCUCGUUUGAUGACCGUUUUUUUUUUGCCGGGAGGGAUUUCCCCCUUUUUUAUUUGAGCGAGUGGAGAGAGUGGACAUUUUGUGUGCGUUUGUUUGGUGUGUGCGGGCACCGCGUGAAAAUGGCGCGGGACAAUCGAACCGGGCAAACCACUUACCGAUAACGAAGCAAUCCAUCCCACGAGACACUUGCGCGGGAACGUGUUCAUUUCGAUGUAACUGUUUUGUGUGUUGGUGUGACCGUAGUGGCCCGUUUUUUUAUGAACUAUCUAUGUUUUGUCGCUUCGAAGGGUCGCCGUGGCACAUGGAGGCGCCUUGUCUUUGGUUCGCCACUAACUGAGUGUGUCUGUGUGCGUGUGUGCGUGUGUGUGUAUUGUGCCAUUAUGUGCUAGCAGAAUACCGAACAAAAAACCCCCGGUCGCAUAUUAAGAAGCAAAACGAGAAUUCCCUUCGAUCUGCAUGUACUUACGAUCCUUAAAACAAACGAUUUUAUGCCGCCCGUUUACGCCGAGAUGAUUGCGAGAAAAAAGCAAAUUCAACAACCAUUUUUAAUCGAUCCCGUAGGGAAGUGUGGGACAAGCCACAGCACCUGGGCACCUGGGUGUUUGGCAAAAGCUGGCAAAAUGCUGUAAAUAAUUGUAAAGGAAUCAUGUAUUUGAAGACUGCUGUUUACGUAAGAAAAAACAAAACAAACAAAAACCCCUUAACAAACAAAAACAAAACAGGAUCACGCAAUUUAAAGGAUGUGCCGUUCAAAGGGAACUGAGCGCCGUCCGGGUGUGCAUAUUGAAGCGAGUAAUCAAAACAAGCGAAUCAGUGCAUCAAGUGGUAGUUCGAAGCGCUAAGGAUGCACGGGAGGAUCUCACUCAACGCACGUGCACGUCACAGCAUACAGAUCCAGCUGCAAAUGAGCACACCCGCGGCACCUGAAGCUAUAACGAGAGAAAGAUGUAUAAAUAUAUUUUCGAUUCAAUGUUGGAAUGCUCUGGCGCUGGCGUUUAUUUACCGCAAAAGGACUCCCUUGCAACAUCCCACGUGCGAAGAAGGGAUAUUAGGAGUCAAGCGGAGCGUAUGAGGAGGAUGUUUGGUUGGGCGAUUGUUUAGUGGCGAAGAGGUAGUAUCUAGCAAGAAGAUUGCAGAACAUCAGGACGAGAGAGAGAGAGAGAUUCAGAGAGAGAGACAAAAACAAAACAGAAGAAAAAUCUAAUUACUGAGACAUGGCUGUGUUUAUUCCUCCUCACAAUUUGUUUUUAAGAUGCUAUAGAUACCAGCGACGAUGCGUAACCGGGAAACCGGGUUGAGUGAAAUUAGGCGGGUUUAGAAGUGUCUACCGGACACACGAGGUUGCGGUGCAGCGAAAAAAAACCCCUAUUCGGAACGGACGAUAACAAGCUAAUCCAUUGCAGAAGAAAUUUAAAGAGUUUCCGUCGGAUGAGAUCACUGGUGCGGACAGGCAAACGGAAAAGAAGUAACCUGACUGUCUGAGUGUGUCUGCUGUAGGUGAUAACACUGGGCGGACUGUCGGACGGGGAGACGAACACGGCACUCAUUGUUAAUGCAUAAUAUGCUUUUAAACUAAAUAUUUGUCCAACUGUGUGUGUGUAUGCAUGACGACUGUGGCUCGUGACUUCCAUUAGCUCCAACUCCCUCCCACUGGAGUUGGGUGGAGAGUGUUUUGGGGAGGAAGGGGGGGCAAAACUUGUCGCGGGCAGGUUGUGUGGCGAUCAGCGAGAUUUCAAAACUGUUGCAAAGAAAGCGCUACGUAUUUUACUUAAUAAUGGGAAGGGGGUGGGGAAUGAUGUUAAAUCCUGGUUGAAAAGGAAGGACCGUCUAACAACGAGAACAAUAUUUGGAUAUGCUCUCUGGAUAAUGAAGAGAAAGAGAGCGGGGGAAAAAAGGAGUGAGCAGGGAGCGCAUAACAAACCGUAUACUAGUGUCUGAAGUUCGAUAAAUGUGAAAGGAUUGCAACGGAUGCUGCGCAGAGAUAGUCAGAAGAAAUCAAACACAGGCCAUGCCGGUUAAAGAAGCAAACAUAAGAAGAAGAAAAAAACAACAAAAAACUACAGUAAAAACAUGCAAAAAAAAUCAUUACAAUCGAAAACAAAACACAAAUCAAGACAUAGAAAUACAGCAGAAAAGCAUACAAGAGAAAAGUCACUACAAAAGUAAAGCAAAGCAAGCAAGUAAUCAUCAUUAAAAAUAGUUGUGUAAAGCAAAUCCACAUACAAAAUGACUACUUCUAUACAUUUAUACGAUUUAUCGCAAAAGCUCUAUCGCGCCACGGAUGCGUUAGAAUAAAUCGAUGUCUUGCCAAAAGUAGGAACACAAACAAACCACUUUCAGCCCACUUUCUUCCUCUCAGGCAUUGACGGCCAAGAGGAAGAAAUGGGAAAAGAAAACUACUGACACAAGAGAAGAAAAGGAGACAAGGAGAGAGAGAGAGAGAGAUACACAAAUACACCGAGAAAUCAAAGCUGAGGAUCGCGAGGAUCGAACCGUAUUCUUGUCACACUAACUAACGUCCAAGUGUAAUUUUUUGUAUCGCUUCUUUCCCCCAAGAGUGUCCUCCUUUCAAGGGGACUACAGAGGACUACUCCGCUACCAUGCGGAGGUUUUUUUAGGCAGUAUGCUAUGUUGAUUAAUUAUUAGGUUAAAAUGUUAAUUGCGCUACACAGGUCACGAGGAUACAAAGCACCUCGGAAGGCCCUUUGGUAGGAAGUCCUGGUGUUGCUAUUCGCUUCCUUUGUGCACACAGGAAGCCAUCAACCAUGUAAGGGAUAAUGGAAGGAGCUGGCCGACGAUUUCUAAACAUGCGAUAUCGACGUGCGAUGGAACACUGAAUGGCACCGAACCAACCAAACAAAAAAGCGACUUACUUCAAUCUAAAUUACUGACUCACCAACAAAUCAACGACUUUCACGAUCGCUUGGCGGUGAUGGGAUCAUGAUCACCCCAAGCAAAUUCCAUCUCCCGCGCACAAUGGGCAGAAGAUGGUAACGGUGGCCAACGCACGACACGGCCUCCAAUGACUGAUUUUUUUAAACAUCCUGAUAUUCGAUGAAUCACAUCCUUUAGUGUAUGCCACCAACUGCGACAGAAUACGGUUAGCUCUUAGGGAAGGAACUGGCCGGUAGGAACACUUUGAAGGAACGCAGGUAACACACGCCAGACACGACACAAACGACACGGAAGGGAGAGACGAACACCGUUUUUUUGCAUUCCUUUGGUUCUUUAGUUUGUAACUUCCAAUAACUACUAGCACUUACAAAACAGGUUCACCGACACUGGCACUAAUCAGUGUGGUUUUAAGGGUUUUAAGUUGAUUUGCAAAUACAAAACACUACCAAGAAACCCCAGCGAAACACACCUGAAAACCACUGCAAACUGCAAUAGAGAAAAGGGGACAAAGCAGCUCAAAGUGAACAAACUGAACUCCCAAACAAACAAACAAACAAACACACAAACAAGCAAAAGGUAAACAGAACAUAGAGACAAGAUGGAGAAAAAAAAAACAAAACAAACAAAUCGACAAAAAAGAUGAUAAAAGAGACCGAAGCGGAGGAGCUUUGAAGGAAACAGAAACAAAAGAAGAAGAAGAAGAAGAAGAAAAACAACACACAUAAUUAAUACCUUCUACUACUUUACAAUGGAUGUCGAUAAUCUAUGCGAGAAAGAGAAAUAUACGUAUGAGAACAAAAGAAAAAAAAAUACAAAGAAACAAACAACAAACAAAACAAAACAAAACAAAACAACAAAAAAACUAAAUAAACAAAGGCAAUGUGUCUAAUGUGAGGGUAAGGUAAAAGCAAAAAGCAAAACAACCUUACACAAAAAAAAAACAAACAAACAAACAAACAAACUAUAAUUGCAAAACUGCAAGCAAAAAAAGUACAUUCAAAACUGUGUGAAAAAUGUGAAAAAAUACAUGAACUUGUGAAGUUAUUACAAACUAGAAGUAUAUAUACAUAUAUACAUAAAUAUACAUAUACAAUAUAUAAAAUAGCUAAGCAGUAGGGUAACCGUAAGAGUAAAUGCAUCAUCCGUAUUGCGGUUUAGGGGCACGCGUUUUCCUUUGUCCGGUUUUUCUGUUUUUGUUGUUGUUGUUCUCUCCCUUCACGGGACGACGGGGGGGAGGGAAAGGGGAGUUGAAGGUUGGUGGGUGGGGGGGAAGGGUUUGUUAUCUGGAAGAUUGUUACGAAAGACGUGUAUAUGUUUAAUGAGAAAGGAUGGCGAGAGAGAGAGAAAGAGAUCGAGAGAGAGAUCGAUCGAGAGACAUCGAUCGAGGAAAAACACAAACAAAACCGAUGGCAGCGAUUAGCAAAGCAAGAAUAGAGCGAGAAUGCUACAGAAAGUCUCCAGACUCCCAAACUGAAGCCUCCGAUCGAUGCACUAAAGCGUCCGUAGUGAUUAUUAUGGCAACAUCAGCACGCAGCAGCAACAGCAGCAAACAAAUAUCGGGCUCACACAUACAAAAUCACAGAAAGGGAAAAACAAUCACACAAAUCACAACACCCCACGAAACGGGGCAAAAGUAAGGGUGGAAAGCUUUAGGGACAGGACAGAACACACCGAGACAGUAAUUGGAGGAAGAAACAUUCGCUCGAGGAGCUUGUGAAUGGUGAACGCGCGUGCUGUAAACGCAAUACUUGAUGCACUAUCGUAUCGUAUGUGUGCGUGUUUCAUUUCUCUUCACCGAUAGAGAAGCAGAGAUUUAGGGAGAACGGAGAGAGAGAAUGCCGGAAGUGGCUGUCAUUGCCAGCCACCAACCAACCAACCCCACAUCUCAAAGGGUUGGAAAAGGUUCGUAGCUUUGAGUCUUUCGAAGCCACCCAAUCAUCCCAAUCAUCCAGCGCGAAACCCAUCCUUUCCAUCUCCGAAUGUCCCUGUUGCCCCAUGCAAAUCACCCUGGUAGACGGCAUAACGGCCCUUCCGGUGUUGCUUUUGGUUGGGUGAGUCGAUCGGAUCGGAAGCUAAUAUAAAGCAAGCGAAGCAUUAUGAUGGAGGAAAUGGUGAAGGUUGGCGGAGAGAAAGGAACGACGGAAGAACAUGAAGCAUGUGUCAUUAUAUAAAACAUAAUUUAAUUUACUAUUAUUACUAUUUGAAAUAGAAAUAAAGAUUAGUUUUUUUCUGAAAAAUACCAAUAAAAACCGAUAAACAAAAUAAAAAAAAAGCUACAAAAACUACAAAA